ACUUGAACUCCCAUCUAACGGUAUUUUCUCUUUGUGUUGAGGUAAAGAUAUUCUUUAUGUAUCUUGCACUGUUUUCUGUUGUCUUUCUGAGCAUGUUUUGCAUUUCCAUACGAGUCCCGCCUCUGUGUUUAUAGCGCGCUCCCGGGCAGCCGAGCGCACAAAGUGAAGCAGACUUCGCUGAGGACUCCACCUGUUUCAAAAUGAACUACUGUGGCCACGAACACCCUCCCUGAAAAAGGAUGACAUCUAAAUGUCAGUCUUCAGAUGUCCUGCAACAAAACCUGACUGCUGGAACCAUGAUGUGGGACUCGAACCUCUCCAAAUCUUCACAGGACAGCGCGGGCAAGAGCGCCAGCUGUGGCACCGUGUCCGUGUUUUUUCCCAUCACUAUGAUGAUCACCGGAAUGGUCGGAAACACUCUCGCGAUGCUGCUAGUUUAUAGCGCAUACAGAAAAAAGGAAAAUAAAAGGAAGAAAUCGUUUCUCCUUUGCAUCGGCUCGUUGGCGUUAACUGAUCUUUUUGGCCAACUGCUCACAAGUCCGAUUGUCAUUUCGGUGUACAGAGCAGAUCUGAAAUGGAAACGCGUGGACCCUUCAGGGACUCUGUGCGCUUUCUUUGGGGUGUGCAUGACUACUUUUGGCUUGUGUCCUCUCUUUUUAGCCAGUGCCAUGGCCAUUGAGAGGGCUUUGGCCAUCACUGCUCCUCACUGGUACUCACACUACAUGAAAACCAACGUGACCAAGCAGGUUCUGGUCAUCAUCUGGUGCCUGGUUUUGCUAUUUGCUUUAUUGCCCAUUGCUGGGGUUGGAAAGUACACACUGCAGUGGCCAGGAACUUGGUGCUUCAUAAGUACAGGUGACAAGAACGUAACGGGAAAUACGUUUUUUGCCACGACAUUUGCAGCAUUGGGGAUAUUUUCCUUGCUGGUCACGUUGUCGUGUAAUGUUGUGACCAUCCGUGCUUUGGUUACACGUUGCAAAACGAAGGCAACCUCAACCCAGUCAUCCAGGCAAUGGGAGAGGUUAACAACAGAGACUGUUAUUCAGUUGAUGGGCAUUAUGUGUGUGCUGUUGACAUGCUGGUCACCUCUACUGAUCCUUAUGUUGAAGAUGAUCUCUACCCACACAUCGUCGCAUCAGUGCAGUUCUGCUGCUGUAUCUCUCUCACCCCAGGACUUACAGAUGGACUGUAACUUCUUUCUCACAGCCAUACGUCUGGCCUCACUUAAUCAGAUUCUAGAUCCAUGGGUUUACCUGCUUCUAAGAGAGAUACUCCUGAGGAAGUUCUGCCAGGUGGCCAGCGCAGUAUCCAAGUGCUCACUGAACGCACGGAAAGAAACACCGUGUCCUCUAGACGCCCUAGAUAAAAAGGCCAUUCACGAUGAUAAUGUUCACAAACAGUCCCUAACCAUGGAGAACAGUAACUUGAAUGGGGGAAAUGGGGAACAGUGACUUGAUAGUGGUAUAAAAACUUGAGAAUUUUUCCAAUGACCCACUGUUAGAAUAAUAAUGAACUGUCCAUUUUCCAGAUCUAUUUGUGGAUUAUUGUAUUGACAUAGGGCGAUGUCAGCAUGCUAUCACGCAAACGCAUCAUUCAUGUCGCUGUCACAGUCAACACAUUGAAAGAGUUUUUAUUCAUGGUUAAUCAGCAACCUUUGAAAUUUAACAAAAUGGCAAGACCUUGAAAUAAUUACAUUAGCAGGGUUCCUCACUGUCACGGAAUCACUUGAAAGUAUUGUGCAUGUUACGAAUGGUUUUGUGGGAAUCCUGCAUAUACAACAGCAAUAUUAGCAAAAGCAAAAUCAUAAACUGAUGUUUUCCAGCUCCUGUGGAGACUGAUUAUUUUAAACUAUAUAGCAAAAUCCUUUUAUUCACCUGCCAACUGCAAGAAGAAAUUGAAGGAAUAUUUCUUAGACUAACUUAUGGUCUGUUAUUUAACAUUUCAGAGCUGUUUAUAAUUCAGUAAAGCACUGAAUGGUCUCAAAUACUUUUCUCUAAACUCAUCCUCACGGCUCAAUUUAAAACCUUUUCAUAAACACUAAACUUCUCUAGACUAAUUGUGUGCAUUUCUCAAUGCCUAGUCUGCAGAGCCCAUUUUGAUGCUGAUAACUGUAACUGUGGGCACAUUUAAUUGAAUUCCAUUCUUGAAUUCUUCAGUUAGAUUCCUGAGUAAAUGUAAAAGUGCAAACUAAUUCAGUAGUUUGGUGAGAUACUUUCUGACCUUGGAACCAUCCACUCAGAGCGUUCAUUUUAAUAGCCAAAUUUUGACACACCAAGUGCCUCAAGGUGUUGUAUUUUUUUAUGUGCAACAUUUAUGAUAAUAUCAAUUGCCAUCAUAAACCAAAAUACCUUUUUUUUUAUUCUGAUAAAAGGCAAUUUCAACAGAUGAUGUUUCGUCAUUCAUGGAAAUUGCUUUUUUAUACCAGCUGUUGUCAGAAGGCCUUUAAAGCUUUGUUCUGUUUUUAUCUUGCAUCCUUAUAUUAGUGGUAAAUUAUGUCAAUUUUGAGGUAGUUUGACUUGAGAAAUAUUUAAUGAGUUGUAUGACUGGUGCAAGCUGUUUGUUGAAUUUCAAUUGAACAUACAUAAAUUAUUGGCUAGGAUGAAUGAAAUAGUUCUGCUAAUUGGGCCCUUGAGUUGUACAUCUGUAAUUAUGCAUCUACCGUGUGUGACUGAACAUCAUCUUAGCAUAUUAUAUGUUUCCACUGUGCAGUUAUUGAUGUAGAAAGGACCCAUGGACCAUCAAUUAUGCGAAACAGCAGGUCAUAUUCAUGGCACUCUGCAAAUACAUUUGUAAUGCAAUAUACCAUAUUAAAAGGAAAAGGCAAAUUCUAUUUAAAUAUUAAUUACGGUCAGUCAUUUGUUAAAGGAAAAUACUUUCAAAAUAGUGUUCUAUAAAGCACUGUCUUUAUGUUCCAAACCUGCUUCAAUCCACAUGACGCUGGAAAUGUUUGGGCCAAUGAUUUUACACCCUGUAGAUUAAAAGAAAAUGAGCUAGGAAGAUGCAAAAGCAUUGUCUGAGAAAAAAGGGAGAGGCAAUGUAAUGCAUUUUCCUAGAGGUCAGAGCUCUGUUAAAUCAGUCGACGUGACAAGGUGCCAUUACCAGUAAAUAUAUUUGGAAGAUUGCAUAAAGAAUUGAGAAAUUGCUAGUUUUCUGUUUCCACCAAAAAGAGGGUUUGCAAAUCCAAAACAUAUCCUCAGAGAAUACUGUGAAAAUGAAUUAUUUUGACAUGGGACUUCAUUUAUAGUGAAAUGCUACUCAGGCUGCACCAUCAGAUGUAGUCAUGCUGAGCUUGCCAUUGUCUGCUUGGGUAGCUGCUGAAUAGGGCAAUAGAAAAAAGAAUGAUUGCAUAAUAUUUCAUUGUCAAAUUAAAAGUUCCAGUGUAUCCAUGACUACAAAAGCAGGUCUCCUGUCAGCUCACAUGCAUUGAGCUGAUAAUAAACAAAUGACUUAUGG